CCAGGACGUUGGGAGCGGAAAAAGCCAAAUUUCCCCCGAAAAACCAAUUGAAUUUACAUUAAAGCAUAUAACAUUUGCAUUGAGUGUUUAAACGAAAACAUCGACAUGUUCGUCUUUUGUUUACGACAGUCACGUACAGUCAACACUCCGCAAGGAGACAGAGAACGGGAGAGUCAUGAGCGGUAUGCAAAUUCAAACAAAAAAUACGAAAAUAUGAACGACGACUUUAUAAAAAGCAAUGCAAAUAAUUAAAUAACAGUACGAAGGGCAAAAACAUAUAAACAACAUCAGGGAAUCACAAGCAUCGUACAAUAUGACAGCUAUUUAAGCUGAAGCUGAACCCAGAAACAGAAGCCGAAACAGAAGCUGGAGUUGGAGUUGCAGUAGGAGCUGAGCUGAGCUGAAAGUUGGAUUAACUACAAGACCACGAAAGAAAAACAAAACAACACACGAAACACACAAAUAAAUAAAGAAUUCAAAAGGCAAAUACAAUAUACGCAAAUACUUGGCGAAGGAUAUACAUACAUAUACAGGAGCAGCAAGGAGAAGGGUGAACGAGUGGCAAAAGGUGUGACAGGUCCCCAUUCACCGCUUACCCCAAAUCCUUGCACGCAAUAAAAUGCCCAAACGGAGACCAGGUACUGACGGAUGCCAAGGAGCCAAAGGAAGCAGCCAACUUGGAGUUGGACUCGUCGGUGGAGUUCAACGGGGAGCCGGGGAUGCUGGCAGCAUUCUGUUCGCAUUUCUGGCAGCUGUCAGCUUUCAUGGCAUGCAGGCGCCAUUGGCAGCGGAUGCGGCUCCUCUGGGUGACAACGCAACGCUAAUUACAACAGCAACAACAACAGCUGCAACAUCGAUGAUGGCUACAACAAUGGUGGAACUGCAAUUGGACCUCAGAUUGAACACCAAUCAAGUUGGCAUUGGACAGAUGGGGACAACGUUGGCAGGCGACGAUGAGGAACAGCACCAGCCACAGCAGCAGGGACAACGACAAACAACGGGUGACAUUUGGAGUGAAACGCUGGAUACAGCCACGCUGACAAAGGGUUUCUCCAUACCCACGUAUUUGCCACCCUUUCCGGAAUUCAUACCAGCCGACUUGCCACAAAGGCUAACCAAUGCAACGGCCACGAGAACAGAUCAUGGGAGCAAGGAGGAGAAAAGAAAUGAAUCAGACUUGGGAAACGGCAAGCCCAUUUCUAAUGAGCCUCAAUCUCGAUUGCAUGCCUACAAUAGUGAACAAAAGGAGCUACAAUUGAAAAGGGAGAAACAACUGGCCAAAGAGAGGGCCAGUGGCCAUCAACGUCAGCUUAGUUUGCCACCGCUGAAUGCCAGCGUCCAGGCGGGCCAGCAUGCCUAUCUGCCAUGCCAGUUGCAUCAACACUCAAACAAACCCCUUUCCUGGGUCCGUUUACGAGAUGAACAUAUCAUUGCUGUGGAUCACACAACCUUCAUCAAUGAUGCGCGAUUUGCCUCACUCCUGCAGCAGUCCACAGCGAAUACCAGCAUCCCCAUAGCCAAUCUCUCAACAUCUGCAUCACGUUUUAAUCCCGAAAGUGGAAAUGGUAGCAGCGGAUUAGGCUGGACGCUGCAAAUCAAAUAUGUGAAACUCGAGGAUGCUGGCUGGUAUGAAUGCCAGUUGGCAACCGAACCAAAAAUGAGCGCCAAAGUUCAGCUAUUUGUGAUAACACCCCGAACUGAACUAAUUGGUGAUCAGCAGCGAUUCGUAAAGGCUGGCAGCCGAGUGGAACUACAUUGCAUUGUCCGUGGCACAUUGGAGGCACCAAAAUACAUAUUCUGGUAUCGUGGCGAGGAGCAGGUGACAUCCGAUGCCGAAGCAGAGAAUGAGAAUAAGCCCAGCUCAAAAACCCAAAGCGGUUGGUAUACACAAAUAGAUAGAAACAUAUUUGGCAGCACCGAACACAAUCGAAAUACGAUUGGAUCCCUGAUCAUUCCCUUGGUGCGUAAGACCCAUUCCGGGAAUUAUACUUGCGAACCCGAAAAUAGUGCAGCAGUUUCCAUGCAAUUGCAUGUUUUGAGUGGUGAAUAUUCCGCCUCGGCUAUUAUGUCAACGGCGAAUGGACUUCAUCGACAUGGUCAUGGUUAUAGCAGUCUUCAUCAAUGGUUAAUUUUUCUAUUGGUGGCCUUGAAUAAAACAUGAUCUUGUUUCAUAUUCUCUUUCAU